CCGAGAGGACUAAUGGCGAGCAUGAAGUCCGUCACAUAACAGGGCGCUUUCAGGGGGAUUUCAAGUCACCGCGGCUGCUGAGCAGGCUUGGUAGGGAGGCGUCGCCCUUGUCACCUGGACCACAAAAGACGUGGGACACGCUGGACGGGGCUUCAGGAUGACCGAGGGUCCGAGGAAGCGGAGCGGCAGCGGCGGCGGCGACGGCCAGUCGGAGCCCCCAGACUCCAGGUCUGAUGUGGGGGGAGAUGCAGAGGGAAGCUCCGGGGUGGCCCUGAAGAAACAGAUCGGCCUGGUCAGCGCCUGUGGCAUCAUAAUCGGCAACAUCAUUGGAUCAGGGAUUUUUGUGAGUCCUAAGGGGGUCCUGGAGAAUGCUAGCUCAGUGGGUGUGUCCAUCAUCGUCUGGGUUACCACUGGUGUUAUCACAGCCAUCGGUGCCCUCUGCUAUGCUGAGUUAGGCGUGACCAUUCCCAAGUCAGGGGGAGACUACUCCUAUGUCAAGGAUGUCUUUGGAGGACUGGCUGGCUUUCUGCGUCUGUGGAUUGCGGUGCUGGUCAUCUACCCCACUAACCAGGCUGUGAUCGCUCUCACCUUCUCCAACUACAUCCUGCAGCCCCUCUUCCCUUCCUGCCUCCCCCCAGAGAAUGCUUUACGCCUGCUGGCUGCCGUCUGCCUGCUGUUGUUGACAUGGGUGAACUGCCACAGCGUGCGCUGGGCCACAUGUGUCCAAGAUGUCUUCACCGCUGGCAAGCUUUUGGCCUUGGGCCUCAUCAUAAUCAUGGGUUUCGUCCAAAUAUGCAAAGGUCACUACUACUGGUUGGAGCCAGCGCACGCCUUUGAGACCUUCCGAGACUAUGACGUUGGUCUGAUAGCGCUGUCCUUCCUGCAAGGCUCUUUUGCUUAUGGAGGCUGGAACUUCCUCAACUAUGUCACAGAGGAGUUAGUUGACCCAUACAGGAAUCUGCCACGUGCAAUCUUCAUCUCGAUCCCCGUGGUCACCUUUGUCUACGUGUUUGCCAACGUGGCCUACGUCACAGCCAUGAGCCCAAAGGAGCUGCUGGCCUCCAAUGCUGUGGCAGUGACAUUUGGAGAGAAAUUGCUAGGAGUAAUGUCAUGGAUCAUGCCCAUCUCUGUGGCACUCUCCACCUUCGGGGGGGUCAAUGGCUCCCUCUUCACGUCGUCGCGGCUGUUUUUCGCCGGAGCGAGGGAAGGCCAUCUCCCGCGUCUGCUGGCCAUGAUUCACAUCACACGCAGCACUCCUAUACCAGCCUUGCUGUUCACCCUGAUCUCCACUCUGCUGAUGCUAUGCACCAGUGACAUUUACACCCUAAUAAACUACGUGGGUUUCAUCAACUACCUCUUCUACGGCGUCACUGUCGCCGGGCAGAUUGUGCUGCGCGUCAAAGAGCCCGACAUGUAUCGACCCAUCAAGGUGAGCCUGGUAUGGCCUGUGAUCUACCUGCUGUUCUGGGCCUUCCUUCUGGUCUUUUCCCUCUACUCUGAGCCGUUGGUCUGCGGUAUUGGUCUGGCCAUCAUGAUGACAGGUGUCCCUGUGUAUUUCCUGGGAGUCUACUGGGAGACCAAGCCACAGUGUUUUGAUAUUGCUAUUGGUAAAAUGACUCAUCUAUGCCAAAAGCUCUGUUCAGUGGUCUACCCGGUCAUGGAGGAGAACCCCGAGCCCACUGGGCCUCAAAAGAACAAUGGAGAGGGGCCUGCAAACGACUGAACAUGUACUGAAACACAGAUAAUGUCUCACACUCUUGUUUGUGGUGGGGGACGACACUUGAGGUUAGCAUACACAUUCACUUGUUGUUAUGUAGCACUGGACUUCUUAUUUUUGACUGGCCUUAACCGUGACCACUAUUGUUUCAGUGUCUGGUCUGGGAACAGGUGUUUGAGAAGAAAUGUCACUAACUUUAAUCCUAUGAAACACAAAAUUUUAUGAUUUUGUUUUUUCAUCUUUAUAACUUAAAACUUUGUUCUGGUGUUUGUUGUUUGUGAGUCUGUUAGGCAGUGGAAAAGUAUUUUAAUAUGCAAAGUGUUGUAUUGUUCAAGCGCUAUGUGUUGUUUAUAUUAUCAUGUCACUAUAGUCACACUAAAUGAAAAAUUUCCAGAUGGUUUAAUGGUUUUUAUUCUCCAUGGAUUCGUAGUAUCUUUUUGUGCCAAAUUGUAUUAAUUAUUUAAUUCAAAAUGUUCCCUUGUUAAUACAGACAGAGGAGGCAGAUUUGUAUUUGAAAAGCAAAUGUUUGUCCUGGCACUUAGAUCUUCAGUUCUGAUCAACACUGUGAAGGGUUGAUUGAUGGCUGAUUAUUGCACAUUUAGUUGUGUGAAAUAUGAAAAUAUGAUCUGUGAAUUUGAAGCAAUGCACCGUUCCUAACAAUUAAAAAAACAAGUCGUCAUUGCAAUUCCUAUACAUGGACAGAAAGCUGAUGAUAGAAAUUAAUAUAUUUGAUGAAAUGUGUGGGUUUGCAAUACAUGU